GUGGGGGCGUCAGCGGCAUACCUACAGACAGGAGUUUUCCACGCGGGCAGAUUCAACUCCUUCCUCCUCUUCUCCGUCCUCGUUAUUGCGUGGCUCAAUCUAAGUAACGAUGGAUUCGAUUCUUUCACUGGCGUGGAUAAGACGAAGCCAGAGUCUGUGGUCAACCUGACGGGCAGUCGCUUCCGAGUGCUGGCAGCGGCUUUCCUCAUGCUGGGGGUGGGCCUCGCAGGGAUCUUCUCAGGUGCAGCUGCUGUUGCGGAUCCACGUGUUGGAUGGCUAUUGGCCGCCUCAAUUGCCUGUGGCUACGUGUAUCAGUGUCCGCCUUUCCGCCUGAGCUACAGGGGCUUGGGCGAGCCCCUCUGCUUCUUCGCUUUCGGCCCCUCUGCUACCACUGCCUUCUACCUGCACCAGGCCAGCCAGGUGAAUGUGCAACAGAGCCAGGUGAAUGUGCAACAGAGCCAGGUGAAUGUGCAACAGAGCCAGGUGAAUGUGCAACAGAGCCAGGUGAAUGUGCAACAGAGCCAGGUGAAUGUGCAACAGAGCCAGGUGAAUGGGCAACAGAGCCAGCAACCCGGCGCGCCAGCACCGGUGUCAGCAGCAGUGCUGGCAGCAUCGGUGCUGGUGGGCAUCACCACCACGCUCAUUCUCUUCUGCUCGCACUUCCACCAGAUCGACGGAGACAGAGCCAAGGGCAAGCUCUCCCCGCUAGUGCGCCUCGGCACAGCCACCGGGUGUGAAGUGGUGCGAGUGUCUGUGCUCGCACUCUACAUCUUCUCCGCUGCCUUCGUUGCCACGGGGGUUCUCCCAUGGACCUGCUUGCUUGCUGCAGCCGCCACGCUCCCCAUUGGUCGCAUCGUGGUCAACUUUGUCUCGUCGCAUCAUCAGGUUCGUCCGGCUGCCUAA